AGAACUAAGCUCGCGCACAGGGAACUCGCGCACCCCUAGUUCUCGCGCACCCCCACCAAAUCGCGCAUCCUCACAAAGACGCGUAUUUUAUCAACACUUCUUGUUUAAUAUGGAUAUACGCGAGCAGAGUAUACAAUUUGCUAUCGCGCAAUACAAUGCCGGUGUUUUUACAAGCCAACGAGCCGCCGCAAAGGCCUACGGUGUUCCUCCCUCCACCCUACGCGAUUGACUAGGUGGUAUGGCGAACAGACGCGCUAGCCACGCCAACUAGCA